AUGGCGAACUUGAAGGACAUAAAUGAGCCCUUCUACGUGCGAUACUACUCUGGUCAUUCCGGCAGAUUUGGCCAUGAAUUUCUAGAAUUUGACUUCAGAGUGAUCGGGGACGGUCGAAGUGCAACAGCGAGAUAUGCGAACAAUUCUAACUAUCGCAAUGACUCCCUUAUUCGCAAAGAGAUGUGUGUCAGCUCUCUCCUCGUUGCAGAAAUCAAACGCAUCAUCAAAGACAGUGAGAUCAUGAAAGAAGAUGACUCCCGGUGGCCACAAAAGAACAAAGAUGGAAGACAAGAGCUUGAGAUCAGGUUGGGAAACGAGCACAUUCAAUUUGAGGUUGGCGAGACUUUCUACAUUCACUGCGACUUGGCUGACCUUGCGCAGACUGCAAAGAUCGGCUCUCUGGGGGACGUGACGGACUCGGCCGAUCCAGAAGGACUGCGGGUCUUCUACUACCUGGUGCAGGAUCUCAAAGCGCUUGUGUUCUCUCUGAUAUCUCUUCACUUCAAGGCAAGCUGCGAUCCAGGAGUGAACGAAAGACAUGCUAAGCAAAUGAACCGCAGAUUAAACCAAUCUAGAAUCAACCUUGUCUGUCGCCUGUACCUUCAACACCUGACGGGCCCUGGAUCCUCCCAUCGCAGCCAGUCGUGCAUCAGUGUCAAUUGA